UGUUUUAUUCUGUUAAUUUAGUGAUUAUAAGUAAUACACAUAAUAGAUAAGAAUUUAGUAUUUCAUCAGGUUUAAAUAUGUAAUAACAGUGGUUUAUUAACAGUUUAGUAUUUGUGAAAGAGCACAAAAUUAAAUAUGAGAAAAUAAAACAACCCCGCUGGACGUAACUUCUCGGGAUCUUCCAAAAAGUUCACUGAAAAAGUCGCACCUCAAAUAAAUAAACUUCACCUCAUUUCAUCCAUAUAAUUUUUCACUCCCUACAAUUUUGUAGUAACAAAUUUAACUACUUAUUAAUCAGGAAUCGAACACACGAAGUCAGCAUAUUUGUAGAAUAACAUCCACUAUUUUAUUCUGCAACGAAAAAAUGCCACAAUUGUUUCAAGUUUUACGAUGCUAUAAGUGUUCGGUGUUUCAAGUUCAUCAAGGUAAAAAGUCAAAUAAAUGGAAAUGUAAACUUUGUGGUGAGAAGCAGUCUAUUAAAAGGCAUUAUGGUCUUGGCACUAGCAAGGACUGCCGCAUACAUGUUCAGAAAUUGAAUGGGAUUCGAGGUGUGAUUGAUGAACUCUAUGAUUCUACAUCGCCAAAUGAAAGUAUAGAUGAAAAUACUGAGACUGAAAUAACAGAAGUUUCAAAUAAAAACAUUGAAAAGAAGAGUAAAUGGACAGAUUUUACUACAAAUAAUGAAAUUGAAAAUAUUUAUGAAGGAACAGAUGAUAAUAACUAUCCUGAUCCAGAAUUACCUAAUAAGCGUAAAAAGACGAAGAAUCACUAUAAAAAUAAAAACAAAAAACAGAUUACAAUUAAUCUAGGCAAUGAAUUUUGCGACCCUAAAGAUGGAAACACAAACUUUAAUGAUCCUUUAGAUACAAUAAAUAAAAAAAACAUUACUCCUACUGAAGACUCUGCAGAAAGAAUAAAUAGUGAUAAUGAACUGGAAUGUCAAGGAACUGAGCUUUUCAAUGACAGUUGCAUAUUAAAAGACACAAAUCUGAAAAUAAGCCAAUGCAAGAAAUUCUGUAAUUCUUUAGAGAUUGUAAAAAGAAAUAAGCUGAAUAAUGCUAAAAGUCAAGUUAAAGAAUCAAAAUGGAAACAAUUCAUUGAAAAUAAUGAAAAUCUCUUUAAAAUAGAAGACUCAAAGCAUACUUUAAACCAAAGAAAAACAAUGGAAUUUUCAAUAACCGAAGAGUCUGAUUUAGAUACCAUACUUGAUAUUUGAAUUGUAUUCAUGAGAAUGUUAUGUUUAAAAUUAGUUAUAAUUAAAGACUUAAGACCUAAUUAAACAGUAUGUCCAUAAAUCUGCCUAGUAUAAGUACUAGGCAGAAUUAUGAAAUACUAAGCAGAAUUACUAAGGCAAAUACUUAAUUAUA